AUGCCCCGUCCGGUCGACGACGACGACUACGACUCCGACUCGGGUUCCGAGUUCUCGGUCACGGAUGUCCAGCUCGGGCUCGCAGACGGCCCGCUCGAGGGCGACGACGAGGCCAACCCGCUCGUCUCGAGGAUCGGUGGUCGGGCGGCCUGGCUGCCCAUGACCUCGACGCCCCCUCGUGAAGUGGCGCAGUGCAACCACUGUCAACGACCCAUGCAACUGAUCGUGCAGAUUUUUGCCCCGCUCGAGGGCUCGGCAUACGAUCGCUGCCUCAUGGUCUGGGGCUGCGGCCGCGCAGAAUGCCAGAGGACGGAUGCUUCUAGCCUCAAGGUCAUCCGCGUGCUGAAGCACAAUCCGCGCUGGGCAGCCAAGCUCGAAAAGCAGAAGCAGCGCCGCGAGGCGCGCGAAGCCCGAGCUCGCGAGCGCGCCGAGCAAGAGGCUGCCCGCAAGGCCGAGCAAGAGCGUCUUUCCAAGAUCAACCCCUUCGCGUCCAACGCCUCGACACAGGCCGGCGGAGCAGGCGGCCUGGGCGACAUGCUCUUCGGUGGUGGCUCUGCAGGCGCCGGCGCCGCGAACGCCAAUCCCUUCGCCGCUGCUGCCCCAGAGCCUGCACCAACCUCGACUCCAACGGCCGCUUACGGCAAGGGCGACGACGAUCAAGGCGGCGACGGGUCUUCUUCGGAAGAUGAUGACGACGAGGACGAAGAAGAGGAGCGCCUCGCCGAAGAGCUUCAGAUCAAGGCCGACCUCGAGCGCAAGACGAGCAAGGACUCGGCGUGGGUCAAGCAGGUACCCAAGUACCCCGCCCUCUACCUCAACACAGUCCCCGAGCCCUCGUCGUCGUCCAAGGCGGCCGACAAGAAGCUGACGUCGUCGCAGGCCAAGACGCUCAAGCGCGACGAGAACUACGACGAGGAGGAGCUCAAGGCGUGGGGCAAGGAAGGCUACGAGAAGAUGAUGCUCGACGGCAUCGACGACGUGUUUGAGCGCUUUGCUAAGCGCGUCGGCGCCGAAGGGCGGCAGGCGGUCCGCUACGAGUUUGGCGGGCAGCCGUUGCCCUUCCACGGCCGGGGCCAGCUGUACACGAAGCUGUGGCCCAAGCAGUCGGACAGCUCCGCCAAGCCGGGCCAGCCCAUCGCCGUGACGCGCGGAGCGUUUGCGGCGGGCGCCGGCGCGGCGACGGCCGAGGGCGGCGUCUAUGACGCCUCGUGCAUCCCGCCUUGCCCCACGUGCGGCUCUGCGCGGACGUUUGAGGCGCAGCUGAUGCCCAACCUCAUCAACCUGCUACGUCCGCAGGCGAUCCAGCGGGGCGAGGAGCAGACGUCGUCGGACGACGACGAAGACGGCGACGACGACGACGCCGAACUCUCGCACCUCAGCGGCGAGGAGCGCAGGCGGGCCGAGAUCGAGCGUGAGCUCGGCCGUGCCAUCCCCGCCCCACCCAAGGCCAACGACGAGGCCAAAGGUGCGGCGACCGAGGGCGCCGAGGCCAAGAAGCCGCGGAUGCCCAGGCGUACGGGCCUGACGUGGAGCACGGCCAUGAUCUACGUUUGUGAGAAGGACUGCUGCAUUCCGGUCGACGGCAGCGCCGAAGAGGGCGAGACGUGGAGGGAGGAGUGGGUCGGCGUCCAGUUUGAGGACGAGGCCUGA